CUCUUUCUCUCUCUCGCUGUCUUUCUUAACUUUCUCUCUCUUCUGUGUUCUGUUCUGAGGACUCUCUCUCUUCCAUUCAUUCAUCAUUCAGCGUCUCUUUAAAUAGGCUCUCUAUUCAAAACCAUAUCUUCCAAUCCAACCAAAAAAAGAUUAUCUUUUUUAAGGAUAUAUCCACACCGUGCUUCUUGCCCUUCUCUCUCUCUUCCUCACACCCAAGAAGAAAAAAAAAGAAAAUUUCUCUUUUUUUUGUGAUUUUUUUAUUUGUUUUGCACACCCUUCCUGAAAUCUAGAGACAAGCCGCAAAAUUAAUCCAUACCCAGAAUUUCUCUCUCUGAAAUAUCUUGUGGGGUUUAUCUGUUUUUUGUUGUUUUUGUUUGUACCCUUCGAUUCUUCACCUUCAUAGUUGAAGAUAUAUACAAAGUAUAUAUAAUAGUAUAUAAAGCCGUGUUUGUUGGGUGUUUUGGAGGAUCUGCUUUGUUUUGCUGUGUUCAGUGGAUUGUGUUAAAGGGGUUUUGAAGAUUUUUGUUGAAGUUGAAAAAUCUGAGAGUUUUUUGGUUGAAGUUCUGCUCCCAUGGCUGCUCAAUUGCAAAAAUCUGCAGAUGAAAUGAGGAAGAAGCUUCAUGGUGAUUCUUCAACGGUUGAACUCAAUAAUUCCAAUUCGGUUCCUUCCAAGGGUGCAAGUUCCCCUUCUGAUGCAAGAUCAUGUGUAUCAUCCAUAGGGGAUGCUUCUGGUAGUGUUAAGGAAGUUGAUGUGGAUCAUGAGUACUUGUCCACAGAUCAGGGCGUUCCUUAUCCUGCCGGCGGCUAUUACGGUUACUACUAUCCAGGUUAUGGUGGUUUCUAUGGAGAGUCAGACAACCAAGGGUACUAUGUUGGUGCCGAUGCCGUGGAUCUUCAGUACCCUGUCAUGCAAGCAGAUAAUGGUUCUUAUGUCUAUCUCGUGCCAGGAUUUCAGACUGGCUACCCUUCAUACUAUCAUCCUCUAAGUCCAGCUGGUAUUGAAGGACAGUAUGUUGGCCAUAACGUCUACCCCCCUGGCUCCAUCUAUCAACAACCGAUUGGAUCGCCUGGUUAUUAUCCAGCUUCUCUAUCAUAUGGAGAGUUACAGCCAACAACAUACUCGUGGGAUUCACCUCUAAUCAAUCAAGAUGGGUUACAAGGACAUGGUUAUAAUGAACUGGCUGGUAAACCAAAUGGUAGAUCCAAUUUGUCUUCCCAGAGUCAUACUAGUGGUGUUGUGUCAAAGUCUGCACCCCCACCUAACUCGGCAGAAGGGAAGGGUUUGACAUCAUUAUUAGAGGUCUCAUCAACUCAUGUUAAGCAUAACCAGCCAAAACAAACAAACAAGGCACCAGUUUCGGUCCUCCAUUCACCUGUUGCAAAGUUUCCCGCAUACAAUCAAGGAAAGAGCGGAUUCCUCUAUCCAAACAACUUGCUUAAUGUGAAAGCAAACACAAAGGGCUGGGUUAGUACUGAAAAGUUGAAACAGAGAAACAAGGUCAACGAUUCACUCAAUGAGCAGAAUCAAGGUCCUAGAACAGCUAAUGCAAAAGGUGCAUUAAUGUCUGGAGGUAAUUCUGUGAGAGGCUCAGCCCCAGGUGGGAGUGGAAAUGUUACCAACAAAAUCAGGACAGAUCAGUACAACCUUCCUGAUUUUCCAACCAAAUAUGAUCAUGCACUUUUCUUUGUCAUCAAAUCUUACAGUGAAGAUGAUAUCCACAAGAGCAUCAAGUACAACGUGUGGGCGAGUACUCCUAAUGGGAAUAAGAGGCUGGAUGGUGCAUUUCAGGAUGCACAGAAGAGAAUGGAAGAGAAAGGAUGCAAGUGCCCUGUGUUCCUUUUCUUUUCGGUCAAUGCUAGUGGUCAAUUUUGCGGAGUAGCUGAGAUGACUGGACGAGUUGAUUUCAACAAAAGUAUGGAUUUCUGGCAACAGGAUAAGUGGAAUGGAUAUUUCUCUGUCAAAUGGCACAUUAUAAAGGAUGUUCCAAAUCCUCAACUACGCCACAUAAUACUCGAGAAUAAUGAUCACAAGCCUGUCACAAAUAGUAGAGACACACAAGAGGUGAGUUUUCCCCAAGGUGUUGAAAUGCUUAACAUUUUCAAGAAUUAUGUGGCAAGAACUUCCAUAUUGGAUGACUUUGAAUUUUACGAAAGCCGCCAGAAGGUAUUGCAGGAGAAGAAAACAAGGCAAUCUAUGCCCCAUACCAGUGUACAGCAAAUAGAGGAAUUAACCACUACACUUGGGUCAGUAGACCUAUCAUCUGUGAAGAACAUGGAGGAUCCUAAGGUGGUUGAGAGAGUGAAUGACUGAAUAGCAUGUGGGGCUGAUGCUAUUCCUGGGGACCCGCCAUGCCAGCAUGCCGAUCACGAUGGUGUGGCGAUGUGCCACGUGGACCACAAAGUAAGAAAAAAAAAAGCUAAUGAAUUCAAAUUUUAAGUUCUAAACCAAAAAUUCUUGCUGCUGCUGAUGCUUUAGAAAGGGAGAAAAGAAAAAGAAAAAGAAAAAAUAAUAAUAAUUUUUAUCCGGGCAAAUGGUGACUGCAUUCCUAAUUGUACAAAACUACAAAGGAAGAAAGUCUUUGGAAGUGGAAUGGACCCGGUGAGAUAGCUGUUACAGGGUGCUAUGAAAAGCACGUGUCAUUUACUUUUUUUUUUAAUCUUUCUUUGCACAUAAUAAGCUCAGUUUGGUUCUUCCUUUGUUCUUGGUAUUUUCAAUUUUAUUUUUCUUGUAGUUGCAGUUACCGAUUUUAACAACAUAACAAAUGGCACGAUUUGGACAGCUCAUCAAUAAUAAUAUGUUGAGAAUGAUGGGUUCCAUGUGGAAAA